AAAAAAUUAAGACUUAAUGAAAGAGACAAAGUCUGUUUCUGGAUUUUUAUAUUUGCAGAGAUAGAGAGAAGAAUAAGACUAUAGUUUCAUUUUCAAGAUUCAAGGCAAUCAUGGACCCCCACAAAAGUGCCCAGGAUGUGAGCAGAUGUGACCUUUGUAAGAAAGCAAUAGCUCAGAUGUACUGUGAUUUCUGUCAUGUCAACCUCUGUAAACCCUGUAUAGGAGAACACAUUGCUGAUGACUAUAGCAAACACCAAAUUGUCCCAUUCGUUCAAAGAAAAUCCACCUUAAUUUAUCCUACGUGUGCAACACAUCCAACCAAAACCUGUGAAUUACAAUGCAAAGAAUGUGACAUCCCUAUUUGUGCUACAUGCUCACUAUCUGAAAAUCAUAAGAAACAUCAAUUAUCAACCCUAUUUGAAGUUUACGAGUCAAAGAGACAAAGGAUUGAAAAAGACUUAGAGGAUAUAGAAAGCAUAAUUUCCCCAACAUAUGAAGAAAUUGCCACUGGUACAGAAAUCCAGAUAGAAAACUUAGAGAGAGAAUACGAGAAACUUACAACAGAAGUGAAAACCCAUGGAAAAGAAUGGCACAAAGAAAUUGACAACAUUGUCAACAAACUAACAACAGAAAUAAAAGAGAUGAAAAUCAAACACCAGAACAUUCUGAAGAAACAUCUGGAUGAAAUCAAACAGACACAGUUAGUUAUUGAAGAAACACGGCUUAGUCUAAAAAAAGUGGAAGAAUCAAAUGAAAUAUCUUUGACUAUAGAGUAUAGCUCUAAAACCAAAGAAUUCAGAAAACUCCCUCCAAAAGUUCAGGUAUCAAUGCCAACAUUUAUCCCAAAGAUAAUAGAUACCGAACAGCUUUAUAUGUUUUUGGGAUUUUUGACACCAUUUUCCACCAAAACAGAUAAAAAUGGCUACAUAAUGAAAAAAACAAAUACACAAACUAAAAAAUUUCUGAAAGAACCAGAACUUAUCAUCACUAUAGAUACUGGUUUUGAAGAACUCUGCAGUGUUGCCUGUCUCAGUGAAGAAGAAAUCUGGAUACGUGCACGUAGCAUCAGUGAUAUAAAAUGCUUCAAUAUUCAAAGCUCACUUACCAAGACAAUCAAAACAAAAUCAGAUGAAUAUCCAAAUGAUAUAGCAGUGACGAGUGAUGGGGAUCUAGUUUACUGUAACUGGAAGACGAGGACCAUUUAUAAAGUGAAGAAGGGACAGACAGAGGGGGUGAUCAGACUACAGGGAUGGAUACCUAGUAAACUCUGUGUCACCUCCUCUGGUGAUCUCCUGGUUACCAUGUACAGUGGUGGUCAUCCAUUAAUUUCUAUGUUCAGUAAAACACAGUCCAGAGUUGUCCGUUACUCAGGCUCCACAGAGAAACAAACAAUCCAGUUUGAUGAGGAGGGUAAACCUCUGUAUUCAGGAAAUGACUACAUUAAGUAUAUCAGUGAGAAUAGAAACCUGGAUAUCUGUGUGGCUGACUAUGAAGCUGGUGUUGUAGUUGUGGUCAAUCAGGCUGGAAAACUCCGAUUUAGAUACACUGGUCGUCCUUCUACUAGAAAGAACAAACCAUUUAUACCCUGUGGUAUCUCAACAGACAGCCAGAGUCAGAUCCUGACAGCAGACUGUGAUAACCACUGUAUCCACAUCCUAGAUCAGGAUGGACAGUUCCUCCGUUAUAUAUAUAACUGUGAUCUAAGGGAUCCAUACGGAUUAUGUGUAGACAAAAGUGACAAUCUGUUUGUUGCUGAGUACAACGGAAAAGUUAAAAAGAUUAAAUAUUUUCUGUAAUGUGACAUCCCAUGAAAUUAAUGAUAGCCAAUAGAGUCGGGUAUUGUGAGUGAAAACCAUAUUGCAAUUAUCUUACUUUGAAUAUUGCAAUAUAUUGUGAUAUAUUGUAGAUUACUUAUCAUUAUUACUUAUCAUUAAUUAAUGUAAGCAGAAAGGUUGAAAUGCUGUCAAGUUCAAAGACUAUCUGAAUCACUGUAUCUUUAAGUUUUAAAAGUUUUAAUGGGGGAAUUAGACAUAUAUUAAUUGCGCACUUUAUAACACUUAACAUUUAAUCAAAUACCAUGUAAAAAAAUAAAACAAAAUGAACCCUCUUAGAGUAUUUUUUAAUUGAAAAAAAAGUUUAU